AUGUACGAGAGUCUCAUGCUCACUGAAUUCUACGAGCCAAAGACACUAGCAAAUGAAAGAACCCAUAUGUUGGUUGCUCUAUCCUCCCCUACACAAAUGCAACUUAUUUUGUUGACUGGCUACCUUGUUCUGACCUUGCUAGAACCCGCGGACUCCACGCUUACCAUAAGCCCAACUUUCACUAAAGCCACCACAAUCAUUGAAGGAACAGCUACCAACAAGAUUCUAACCACCAUUGAAUGUAAGGACAGCGAUGGUGACUUGACGUUUGUCUCUGUCAAGUCAACAUUUCCAGUUAGUCCGUGCACUAAUUGUUUUGAGGUGCUAAAGUGUGGUACAGCCUCAUGUCUACAGUACCGAGCUGGGGUUGGAACCCUGGACUACACCUCGGCACAAUCGUACCUGGUCACCGUCUCGUGCACGGACAACAAGGAGACGCCGGUCACAGAGGUCAUCGAGGUCAAGGUCAUACCAAACUCACCCCCGUACUUCGUCCCUGACGCAUUGAAUGGUGAGUGA